CACGCAGGGCUCCACAGAGCUUCCGUGGACAAGACUCGACUUCUGGCACCUACGUGAGACCCUGGCAGAUCCCAGGCCAUGUGGCUGUACCUGGGGGCCCUGGUGGCUCUGUACCACCUUGUGCGCUGGUACCGGGAGAGGCAGGUGGUGAGCCAGCUGCGGGACAAGUACGUCUUCAUCACGGGCUGUGACUCGGGCUUCGGCAACCUGCUGGCCAGGCAGCUGGACCUGCUGGGCUUGAGGGUGCUGGCUGCGUGUCUGACCGAGACGGGGGCCGAGUCUCUGAAGGCCAAGACUUCCGACAGGCUGGAGACGGUGAUCCUGGAUGUCACCAAGUCAGAGAGCAUCGCUGCGGCCACCCAGUGGGUGAAGGAGCACACGGGAGACACAGGUCUCUGGGGUUUGGUGAACAACGCGGGCAUCACAGUGCCCUCAGCUCCCAAUGAGUGGCUGACCAAACAGGACUUCAUGAAGAUACUGGACGUGAACCUGCUGGGGGUGAUCGAGGUUACCCUGAGCCUGCUGCCCCUGCUUAGGAAGGCCAGGGGCCGCGUGGUCAAUGUCUCCAGUGUCGGGGGGCGUCUGUCCCUUUUCGGCGGUGGCUACUGCAUCUCCAAGUAUGGCAUUGAGGCCUUCUCGGAUUCCCUCAGGAGAGAAGUCUCAUUCUUUGGGAUGAAAGUGGCUGUCAUUGAGCCUGGUUCCUUCAAAACUGAUGCAUCCAAACCUGAGGUCUUUACUAAGUCUCACCAGAAUGCAUGGGAUCAAUGCAGUCCAGAGGUCAAGGACAUUUAUGGGGACAAAUACCUGGCAUCCAAGUAUGAGCUUUUUCAGAAGACACUGCCGCAGUUGUGUGAGGAUCUGACAUUGGUGACAGACUGCAUAGAGCAUGCCCUGAUCUCCUGUCACCCUCGCACACGAUACUCAGCUGGCUGGGAUGCCAAAUUCAUCUUCAUCCCCCUGAGUUACAUGCCCACCUUUCUGGCGGAUGCCUUCUUCGAAUGGAAAGCCACAAGACCGGCCAAGGCCCUGUGAAGCCUACGUAAGGGAGUGAACAACUGAUGGGGCUCAGCCCUAGCUGCUCUGCAUCACCUGUCUCCUGUGCCUCACCCAGGGAAAGCCUAGAGAUGGACGUAUGAUGGAUGAGAAGAGUAUCCGUCUGCAACGGAGAUGCCCACUGGCAGCGUGCAGGUGUGGAGGCUUCCCAUCUCGACCCCUCAGCCUCAGGUGCCUAACUUUGGGUGCCUGUCACCCAGACGUCUCUGGAUUCCUGGCCCUGCACAUUGGCUACAGGAAUCAAAGGACACAGCAAGGAAACA